AUGGGCCGAAGGAACGACCCUAUCAACAACAACCAACCUACAGCAAACAUCAAGCUAAGUUCUCCGAACCGCUCGUACAGAGACGCAGUAGUCGGUGCACAGAUGGGCAGACCCAGCCAGACACCUCCCCGAUUCCAACCACCUUCCCGAUCCCAACCCGCUCCAAGACCAACUCAGCCUCCUACUCGCUCCCAACCUGCUCCAACUUCAAGUCACCACCCCGUGCACGGACAGGAACGCCCUGCACCGGCACCUGAGAAAGGCCCGACAGAAAGUAUGCCUGUCAUUUCUACCGAACCUUCAACACAGAGAACAGGACAGACGUUCGAUGCGCCAAGGGUUAGCGGCCCUAUGACCAUGCAAGAGUCAAAGUCCUCUACUUCGAAUGGCCAGACGGGGGAAGCAGCGAUCACGCCCAGACACCGUGCAGGACCCUGGAACCAGCCCCCACCCUCCGGACCUUGGAGCCGGCCCAUGUUCCAGCCUCCUCCCGUGCCCUGGGGACCCCCUCCUACGAACGCCAACUUCCCCAUCUCGCCCCGACAUCCACCGCCGAUGAACCUACCGCCCUGGCCAUGGCACCCAAGUAUGAUGUGGCCGCCGAUGUUCGCCAUGUGGUAG